AUGACUCAAGAAGGAUCAUAUCCAGUUCCUUAUCGUACUAAGCUUACUGAGCCUUUUGAACCUGGUCAAACAUUGACUGUCAAAGGAAAAACUGCCGAAGAUUCUGUUCGUUUUUCAAUUAAUCUUCAUACUGCUGCAGCAGAUUUUUCUGGAAAUGAUAUUCCUCUUCAUAUUUCUAUUCGUUUUGAUGAAGGAAAAAUUGUAUUAAAUACAAUGAGUAAAUCAGAAUGGGGAAAAGAAGAAAGAAAAGGAAAUCCAUUUAAAAAGGGUGAUGAUAUUGAUAUUAGAAUUCGUGCUCAUGACAACAAAUUUACCAUUUUAGCUGAUCAAAAAGAGCUUAAAGAAUAUGAUCAUCGUCUUCCACUUUCAAGUGUUACUCAUAUGUCAAUAGAAGGUGAUAUUCUUAUUACCAAUAUUCAUUGGGGUGGAAAAUAUUAUCCAAUUCCUUAUGAAAGUGGAAUUGGUGGUGAAGGAAUUUCAGUUGGAAAAUCUCUUUUUAUUAAUGGAAUGCCUGAAAAAAAAGGUAAACGUUUUUACAUUAAUCUUUUGAAAAAGAAUGGAGAUAUUGCUCUUCAUUUUAAUCCAAGAUUUGAUGAGAAAGCCGUUGUUCGCAACUCUCUUCUUGGAGGUGAAUGGGGUAAUGAAGAGAGAGAAGGAAAAAUUGUCUUUGAAAAAGGACAUGGUUUUGAUCUUAAAAUAACAAAUGAGGAAUAUGGUUUCCAAGUCUUUGUUAAUGAUGAACGUUUCUGUACCUAUGCUCAUAGAGUUGAUCCAAAUGAGAUUAAUGGACUCCAAAUAGGUGGAGAUGUUGAAAUUACUGGAAUCCAACUUUUGUAA